UUUGAUCUUCGCUGUUCUAAAGCUCGGCUGUUUGUUACUUUCAAGUCGCGCCGAUCGUCACAGCAUAAAGAACUUUUCCUCUCUCCCGCGAGUCUCAAACGCUCUUCCGAGCGCGGAAAACAGCGACGACGACAAUCAAAAGUGCGUUAAUAAAGUUCGCUCGAAUAUGCCGCAGCUGAACGGUGGAGGGGGAGAUGAUCUCGGGGCGAAUGAUGAGAUGAUCGCGUUUAAAGAUGAAGGAGAUCACGAGGAGAAGAUCCGAGAGAGCGCGUUCACGGAGAGCGACUUGGCUGAUCUCAAAUCAUCUCUGGUCAAUGAAUCCGAGAUCAGCCAGAACUCAAACUCAGCCGUGAUCAGAAGAGGACAGCAGGAAGUUCAGAGAAUCUACGCCGAUAAACGAGAACAUCUGGACGACGUGCCCAAGCAUCAAGAUGGUGGAAUGUACAAAGCGCCGUAUUCUGGAUACCCGUUCCUGAUGCUGCCUGAGCCGUAUCUCCCGAACGGACCCGUCUCUCCAUCUUCCAACAAAGUGUCGGUGGUCCAGCAGGGGAUGCAUCCUCUGACGCCGCUGCUGCCCUACGAUCACUUCAACCCCAGUCCUCCACACAUUCCCACAGACGUCAGCCAGAAACCAGGUGUUCACAGACAUCAGUCGCAGGAGAUCUCCGGCUUCUACUCGCUGCCUCAGGGUCAGAUCACUCCGUCCAUGAACUGGCCCAAUCAGCCUGUCUAUCCCCUGCCCUCCUGCGGCUUCAGACAGUCCUUCUCGUCCAGCCUCCAGAGCAGCUCGUCCUUCCCCAGGUUCUCUCACUCUCUGAUGCUUCAGUCCGGCAUGCACCCUACAGGCAUCCCACACCCCGCGAUAGUGCCUCCCUCCGGAAAACAGGAGCACGACCAGUUCGACAGGAACAUUUACACAAGUUCUAAAGCAAAUUACCUUCUGUUUGGUCCUGAGAGAUCUGGAGUUGUCUUCAAAUCUCAUGCAGAGGUGAAGCGUGAGAAGGAGCCCAAGAAACCUGUGAUCAAGAAGCCGCUGAAUGCUUUCAUGCUCUACAUGAAGGAGAUGAGAGCCAAGGUCAUCGCUGAGUGUACACUGAAGGAGAGCGCCGCCAUCAACCAGAUCCUGGGACGACGGUGGCACGCUCUGACUCGUGAGGAACAGGCCAAGUACUAUGAACUGGCGCGGAAGGAGCGACAGCUUCACAUGCAGCUUUACCCGAGCUGGUCGGCCCGAGACAACUACGGCAAAAAGAAGCGGAGGAAACGGGACAAGCAGCAGGACCCUGGCACAGACCCCGGCUCGCCAAAGAAAUGCCGCGCUCGCUUCGGCCUCAACCAACAAACGGACUGGUGCGGGCCCUGCAGGAGGAAAAAGAAGUGCAUUCGCUACCUUCAAAGAGGACUCUGCGCCAGCCCCCAUUCUUCCGAUGGAAGUGCUAUAGACUCCCCCUUCACCCGUCUAUCACCCGCCAAACCCCGCCUCCCGCCCCGCCUCCCCCAGCAGCAGGCCCCGCCCACCGAGCGCCAGACGCUCCGCCCCACCCAGACUCUCGCCGACUUCAGCAGAAUUAAAACAGAGAGCGCCGUAAGGCAGCCGCAAUGACCCAGACUGAGGCUCGAUCCCUGCGGAGACCGAUCUCUCGCUCUUCAAGUUCUCUUCACUUCGGUCACCGAAGCGAAAAAAAACAAGCUCUCAUCUUCUACGAAGUCACGUGGACGAAUCUCACGAAGAAUGCCUCGCUUUCCUUUAUUUUAACGACGGUUAAGCACUAGUUUUCAUUACCCGUGAUGCAAAAAAAGAUCAUUUCUGUUACUGUGGUUCGGAAGAUAUGCGCAGACGUGCACGCUGUUAUAUCACGAUACGGUUAAGCAGCAUUACACAUUUUACCAAAAAUCAGCACCGUUGCAAAUACUGAUUUGAUUCAGUUCAGCCAGCGAGACUUUUUAUUCUAAUCUAGACACAUUAUUGCCAAAAACAGUUCCAGAGCAAGCCACAGCAGAACCGUUGUUUGAUCUGUUGAGUGAACAAUUCAAUGACUCGCUCGUUUAUGACUGAAUCAGCUGUUUGAACAAAUGUUUAAUUACUUAAGACAAUCAGUUAAGUUUCACACACACACACACACACACACAUAUAUAUAUAUAUAUAUAUAUAUAUAUAUAUAUAUAUAUAUAUAUA